AUGAGUUACAUGAAAAAGGACGAGGAUGCGGAUCAGGUCAUGAUCAAACUUGACCGCACCUCCGUGUUCCAAGAUGCCCGUCUAUUCAACUCCUCGCCAAUCUCACCACGGAGAUGUCGUACCCUCUUGACGAAGAUUGCCGUCCUCAUGUUCACAGGGGAGCAGUUCCCGACCAAUGAAGCCACUACCCUCUUCUUCGGUAUUUCGAAAUUGUUCCAGAACAAAGAUCCCUCUCUGCGACAAAUGGUGUAUCUCAUAUUGAAGGAAUUGGCCAAUACUGCGGAGGAUGUGAUCAUGUCGACCAGUAUCAUCAUGAAGGACACUGCGGUCGGUAGCGACGUUCUAUACCGAGCCAACGCGAUUCGUGCCCUGUGCCGCAUCAUCGAUGGCUCUACUGUUCAGGGUAUCGAGCGAUUGAUCAAGACUGCCAUUGUUGACAAAACGCCCUCAGUAUCAUCCGCCGCUCUGGUCUCUUCCUAUCACCUCCUCCCCAUCGCGCGCGACGUGGUUCGGAGAUGGCAGAGCGAGACGCAAGAGGCGGCCUCCUCAUCAAAGCAAUCUUCUGGUUUCCUUGGAUUUGCUUCCAGCUCGCAGGCUCACAACAUCUCACAGUCCAACUUCAUGAAUCAAUAUCAUGCCAUUGGUUUACUGUACCAGAUGCGAUCUCACGACCGCAUGGCACUGGUCAAGAUGGUGCAACAAUAUGGUGCUGCGGGUGUGGUGAAGAGCCCAGCAGCUCUGGUGCUCUUGGUUCGUUUGGCUGCAAAGCUGGCAGAAGAAGACCCCAGUCUUCGUAAGCCCAUGAUGCAGAUGCUGGAUGGCUGGCUCCGUCACAAGCACGAGAUGGUCAACUUCGAGGCCGCCAAGGCUAUUUGCGAUAUGCGGGAUGUUACCGAUGCCGAAGCCCAGCAGGCCGUUCACGUUCUUCAAUUGUUCCUGUCCUCUCCUCGGUCGAUUACCAAGUUCGCCGCCAUUCGCAUCCUCCACAACUUCGCUUCAUUCAAGCCUCACGUCGUCAACGUGUGCAACCCCGACAUCGAGUCGCUGAUCUCCAACUCGAACCGAUCCAUUGCAACAUUCGCUAUCACCACAUUGUUAAAGACCGGAAAUGAAGCCAGUGUCGACCGCUUGAUGAAGCAGAUUUCCGGCUUCAUGGCGGACAUCACUGAUGAAUUCAAGAUCACAAUCGUGGAGGCAAUUCGCACACUGUGUCUGAAGUUCCCCAGCAAGCAGGCCGGUAUGCUGACCUUCUUGAGCGGUAUCCUUCGUGAUGAAGGUGGUUACGAGUUCAAGCGUACUGUUGUGGAGAGUAUGUUCGAUUUGAUCAAGUUCGUGCCCGAGAGCAAGGAGGAUGCCCUCGCUCACCUCUGUGAGUUCAUUGAGGACUGUGAAUUCACCAAACUCUCUGUGCGGGUCCUUCACCUGCUCGGUGUGGAAGGCCCCAAGACCUCUCACCCGACAAAGUACAUCCGCUAUAUCUACAAUCGCGUUGUUCUGGAGAAUGCCAUCGUUCGUGCCGCUGCUGUCACUGCGUUGGCCAAGUUUGGUAUCGGUCAGAAGGAUCCUGAAGUCAAGUCGAGCGUUCAAGUCUUGCUCACGCGUUGUGUGGACGACACUGACGACGAGGUUCGGGAUCGCGCUGCACUAAACCUCCGGUUGAUGGGCGCCGAGGAUGAGACCGCUUCAGCAUUUAUCAAGAAUGACUCUAUGUACUCACUUUCGACUUUCGAGCACCAACUCGUCAUGUAUGUUACCUCGAACGAUAAGCAGACUUUUGCUGCCGCGUUUGAUGUCUCAACCGUGCCUGUUGUUUCCCAUGAGCAAGCACUCGCCGAGGAGCGCACCAAGAAGCUUACAACUGCCACGCCUACCCUCAAGGCUCCAUCAGUAGGCCCAUCCAAGGCCAAGUCUAAUGGGGUCGCCGAGGCUGCUACGGUCGCUGCCACUCAGAAGUAUGCGGAGCAGCUGAUGCAACAUCCCGAUAUCAAGGAGUACGGUACUUUGCUGAAGUCGUCGUUGCCCGUCGAGCUUACCGAAAGUGAGACCGAGUACGUCGUGACAGCUGUCAAGCACGUCUUCAAGGAAAACAUCGUCGUGCAGUACGACAUCAAGAACACAUUACCCGAUACUGUCCUCGAAAAUGUGACUGUAAUUGCUUCGCCUUCAGAGGAUGAGGUGCUCGAGGACGAUUUCAUCAUUCCGGCUCCCAAGCUUUCCCCCAACGAGCCGGGUGUUGUUUAUGUGGCGUUCAAGAAGGCAGGAGGUGAACACAGUGUGCCAGUCACUUCAUUCACCAACAUUCUCAAAUUUACCAGCAAAGAAAUCGAUCCCACGACUGGCGAGCCAGAAGAGAGUGGAUAUGACGACGAAUACCAGGUGGAGGAUCUCGACCUCGCCGGUAGCGACUAUGUCAUCCCUACUUUUGCCGGCAGCUUCGAUCAUGUCUGGGAACAGACCGGUGCCAACGGCGAGGAAGAGAGCGAGACUUUGCAAUUGAGCAACAUGAAAAGCAUUGCCGAUGCCACUGAGCAACUCAUCUCCGCCCUGUCCCUCCAACCUCUGGAGGGCACCGAUGUUGCGCUGAAUACUAGUACUCACACACUCAAGCUCUUUGGUAAGACUGUCUCUGGAGGUCGUGUGGCUUCUUUGAUUAAGAUGGCCUACUCGAGCAAGACCGGCGUCACUACCAAGAUCACAGUGCGAGCAGAGGAAGAGGGCGUUGCUGCGGCAGUGAUUGCAUCUGUCUCUUAG